GACUCUUGAGAGCCAGGCCAGCCUGACGGUGGUGGACGGCCCCGCGGGGCUCUGUGAACGGCGGCCGUUCACAGCUGGGGGCUGCCCUCCCGGGACGCCGGGCCCCGAACAUUCUCAGCACAAGGGAGAGACGCCCGUGAGCUCUCAGGACGGCUGCGUUCCACACACUAAGGAGAAGCAGAUCUUUUCUUUCCGGAACCUGUGAAAAUGUCCCUUUCCUGGGGAAGUGAAAGUUAGGGCACGCGCUGGGCGGCAGACCCUCAGGACCAGGGCUCAGGUGGCGCCCUGACCUCCGGGCAGCCAUGAGGGGGCUGCUCUGGGGCGGGCACCCCUGGCUGCUACUGAUCUUUUGGGAUUUCCAGGUGCGCGGAGCCUUCUCCAGGUCACCGGCCCAUCCAGGGUUUGAGGUCUUGGCUUCCGCUUCCCAUUACUGGCCGCUGGAAAAUGUGGAUGGGAUCCAUGAGCUUCAGGACACAACUGGAGACAUCGUGGAAGGGAAGGUCAACAAGGGCAUUUACCUCAAAGAGGAGAAAGGAGUCACCCUUCUCUACUACGGGAGGUACAAAGCUUCCUGCAUCAGCAGCCCUGCACAGUGUGACCCAGACGGGGUCACGUUUUCCUUCUUCUGGAAGACACGAGGCGAGCAGUCCAGACCGACCCCUUUUGCUUACGGGGGGCAGGUCAUUUCCGACGGCUUCAGAGUCUGCUCCAGCGGCGGCAAGGGCUCGGUGGAGCUCUACACGCGGGAGAACGCCAUGACCUGGGAGGCCACCUUCAGUCCGCCAGGUCCCUACUGGACUCAUGUCCUGUUUACAUGGAAAUCCAAGGAAGGCUUGAAAGUCUACGUCAAUGGGACCUUGAGCACCUCUGACCCAAGUGGCAAAGUGUCUCACGCCUACGGGGAGCCCAGCGUCAACCUCGUGAUAGGGUCUGAGCGGGACCAGACCAAGCAUUAUGAGGAUGGAGCUUUUGAUGAGUUCAUCAUCUGGGAACGGGCCCUGACCCCGGACGAGAUCUCGAUGUACUUCACAGCUGCCAUUGGAAAGCAUGCUUUGUUGUCUUCAACGCCACCAAGCUUCUUCAUGACACCCCCAGCCAACACUGUGACGCCCACCAACGCCUACCAUCCUAUCAUAAUCAACUUGACAGAGACAAGAAAAAACUUCCAGAGUCCAGGAACUGUACUGAGUUAUCUGCGAAACGUGUCCCUCAAAUUACCCAACAAGCCUCUCUCACAGGAAAUGGCGUUGAACCUCACCCAGGUCUUCUUAAAAACCAUGGGAGAGGUUCUUCAAUUGCCCACUUGGGUUGAUGUGUCAGAGGACAAUGCCAUGGUGCUGGGCUUGAUUGAGACCGUCGACACUGUCAUGGGCCACAUCUCUUCCAACCUGGACGCCAGCGAGCCCCAGGUCACCAUCGUAGGCUCUUCCUCCAUGGCAGAGUUUUCUGUGGCCAAACUCCUACCCGAGACCAUAAAUUCCUCUCACUACCGCUUCCCGGCCCAGGGGCAGAGCUACAUCGAGGUUCCCCACGAGGCGUUCCGCAGCCAAGCCUGGACCACCAUCGUGGGCCUUCUCUACCACAGGAUGCACGAUUACUUGGACCACAUCCAGGCGGCCGAGACCAAGAUUGCUGAGGCAGCAAAUUACAAAAGGCACACGCUGUUCGCGGCCAGCUACCUCAUUUCUCUGGAGGUGUCCCCGCCGCCCGCGCUCUCCCAGAACCUGUCAGGAUCUCCGCUUGUCACGGUGCGGCUCAGGCACAGACUGUCCCACAGGCAGCGCAGCGAGGCCACCAACAACAGCAACCUGGUGUUCCUGUACUGUGCCUUCCUGGACUUCAGCUCCGGAGAAGGGAUCUGGUCCAACCAGGGCUGUGUGCUCACCGAGGGGAACCUCAGCUACUCCGUCUGCCGCUGCACCCACCUCACCAACUUCGCCAUCCUGAUGCAGGUGGUGCCGAUGGAGCUCACACGUGAACACCAGAUGGCGCUCUCGUCCAUCACGUACAUCGGCUGCUCCGUGUCCCUGGUCUGCCUGGUGCUCACGCUGGUCACCUUUGCCAUGCUAUCCUCCGUCAGCACCAUCCGGAACCAGCGCUGCCACAUCCACGCCAACCUGUCCUUCGCCAUCCUAGUGGCCCAGAUCCUGCUGCUGGUCAGCUUCAGCUUCAAGCCUGGCACAGUCCCCUGCCGGGUGAUGGCCAUGCUCCUGCACUACUUCUUCCUGAGCGCCUUUGCGUGGAUGCUGGUGGAAGGGUUGCAUCUCUACAGCAUGGUGAUCAAGGUCUUUGGCUCAGAGAACAGCAAGCACCGCUACUACUAUGGGAUAGGAUGGGGUUUUCCUCUCCUGAUCUGUAUCAUUUCAGUGUCAUCUGCCAUGAACAGUUAUGGCACAAAUAAAAACUGCUGGCUAUCCAUCACGAGCGGUGCUGUGUGGGCCUUCGUGGCCCCUGCGCUGUCCAUCAUUGUGGUCAAUGUCGGCAUCCUUGUUGCUGUGACCAGGGUCAUUUCACAGAUCAGCGCCGACAACUACAAGAUACACGGGGACCCCAGCGCCUUCAAGUUAACGGCAAAAGCCGUGGCCGUGCUGCUGCCCAUCCUGGGAACCUCGUGGGUCUUCGGUGUGCUUGCUGUCAACAGCCAGGCCUUGGCCUUCCAGUAUAUAUUUGCCAUCCUCAACUCCUUACAGGGGUUCUUCAUCUUCCUUUUCCAUUGUCUCCUGAAUUCAGAGGUGAGGGCUGCCUUCAAACAUAAAACCAAGGUCUGGACCCUCACGAGUAGCUCCAUCCGCAACACUAACGUGAAGCCCUUCAGCUCCGAUGUCAUGAACGGGACCCGGCCAGGCACCGUGUCCACCAAGCUCAGCCCCUGGGACAAGAGCAGCCAUUCCGCCCACCGCGUGGACCUGUCCACCGUGUGAGCAGGGAGGCCGCUGACUGGCCAUCUUGCUGCUCAGAACACACCCCGCAAACUAAACACAAGAACCACUCUGCCUUCACCGUGGGACCCUCCCCUUGUUGCCGUCUGGAUGUGGGGGUCCUGGCCCCCAUGACAGGCUUCCUCACCUCUGACCCUUCCACGUGACAGAGCCCACUGCUGGGCCAAAGCCUGAUGCACAGUUGUGGGCGGCCCUCCUGGCUCUGGUCCUCCCGUGGCCAAGUGACUGUGCCCUGGGGCACCCGCCGAGGGCACACAGGACCCUGGGGCUGCCGUAUGAGGAGGGCAAGUUGGCCUGGGCGCCGUGAUGGGGACUUGGGAUCAGAGGGGCCAGGUCCUGCGGGGGAGGUGAAGGCCCCGAGGCCCCCCCGAGGCUCAGGCGGAGGCAGACGGGUGUGUGAGGAGGUGAAGAAUGUCCUCAACCUGCUGAAUCAGCCGUCACAGGCUCUGAGAAGAGGGGCCCUGUGCAGGCCGGCGCCCCGCGGGCCACGCUCGCCUUCCUGUGCGGGGGGCUUUAGGCUGUGGGCGCUGGCCGCUCAGGCCUCUUCUCGGGGAGGACGGGGCGGGCCCGCUGCGGGGAGAGAGCUCCCAGCCCCCCCAUGUGCUCUCUCCACACACACGGUCCGCCCCGUCCUGGGCCCCACUGCGAACACCUGAGCCCUCCCUCGUCCCGGCGGCCCCUCAGGGCUCUCCCAUGGCCUCACUUCCCCGGAGCUUCCUGUCGGUCCCCUGCGACGCCUUCUGUGUUUCUCACGGGCACGUGCCCGUGGUGGGGAGCGAGCACAUUCCGUGUGGCCGCAGAGGCCGGCUGCCCCCUGCACGGCCGCUCACGCCACGGGCCUGACGGUGGCUGUGUCUUCCGGUUGCUGUUGGUUUGUGAGCUGGGGCUGGGUCCCCUAGGAAAUGGAGUGGCUGUUCCCACUGUGUGUGUGGGCAGGGUCCUUGGGACACCAGGGCCUGUGACCUUAGAAGCACCCCCAGUGCCACUGAAUAUGGGGACACAGGCUGGGAAAGCUCAGACCGGGGCGUCCGCAGUGACGGGGUGUGUGAGCCGCGGGGGUCAGAUGUUCAGACCUGUAGCCGAUACUGGAGAAUCUUCUGUAAGCUGUGACCGUGGUGGCACCAAGCCCUGCUCGCCCCACACGCCCGCCGGUUCUCGGGGGGCCUUUCCUCCAUAGGUCUGCGUGCCUUCCCCCUCCUGCUCAGGUGCCACCCCGAUCACUCCGUCACCCACAGGCAUGUCCUGCACGGGGAGGGGUCUGACCGAGAGCCACGUGUGGAUCGCGGUGCGUCUUUGUUCUCGUAUCCCCACGAGGCCCCGGGGCCAGCAGCCGACCCAGCGCGGAUGACGGUGGCAGUUACCUCUGUGUGGCCCCCGGGGCUGGGCGGGGGGCUGGAGCGCUGCUGAGACCCUGUGUGCAUAGUGAAAAGCCCGAGUGUGCCCAGCCCCUGCCCAGGCUUCCUCGUGACUCCAGAAACCAGAUCCGCUUGCAACUGGGCGUUGGAUCGUCGUCAUGCCCGCAAGCACCUAGGAGUGAGGACACUGUAUUCCUGAGGUCUGCGCUUGGAGUUUUGUCUCUUUCGUCUCUGGUGAAGCAGAUCGAGUAAGGAAUUGUCUUUUCUUUAGGGGGAAUUCUGUGUUUGACGCUCAGCAUAUUUGUUCUGCGUAGCUAAUAUAUCAAGGGAAGUAAUGAACAAACUUUUUAUUUCUCAUGAAGGAGAGCAGUGCACUUUAUUUAUAGGCUCUAGAUUUUGGCUUCUGCAGUGCUUUGUUAUCCACACAUAAUUUGGCCAAAGAUGAUAAAUUGGAAAGAAUCGUGUGUUUAGAGUAGUUCACAGCACAGGAAAAAUGAUGAAUGCCACUAAGUAGUGAA